AUGCCAACGCAAUCAACACAGGACCCCGGAAAGGGGAAACCGAUUCCAGCCUCUCCCACUGGCGAAGAAUUAGUCACAGAGUUGAUAUAUCUUAUGCACCCAUUCUGUGAGGGGAAAAAUGGAAAAAGUCUCAAGGCUAUGAUACAGGGUCAUGAGACUCUGAAAGCAGAGCUCGGUGAUCUUCGCACAGCAUAUAACACCAACCUCCGCGCUCUGGCUCAGCAGCAGAUCGAAUGGGAUACUGAGCGCUCCAGUCUGCAGGAAGGUGUCGAGGCAGAGAGGACACGCUUGAAGCAAAGUUUAAGCGACCAAAAAGAUGCCGGCGCAAAACUUAAUGCUGAGCGAGAAAAGGCAGAUAGCCUACGGCGUCAGAUACAAGACAACGAGCAAAAAAUCAAGGCCCUCAUUGAGGGCAAAAAACAUGCGGAGGCUACUGCGACAAAACUCCGCGGCGAGAAGGAAACAUUGCAAACGCGCAUGGAAGGCAUGGGCUACAAGAACAACGCACUGAAAGAUGAGUUGGAAAAAUCGAAACAGCAGCAUGAUGCGGACCUCGAGACGUUGAACAAUGUCCAGGAAUCUCUUACCACUGUUCGGUCUUUCCUGGUUCCGCUGCGGGCCUUAGAUGAGACUGGCAGAGCCACAAUUCGUGAUGGCUUUGCAGAUCUAUUCCAUUACGCCAUGGAUCUGUGUCAGUCUGCUCUCUAUCACGAUAUUAGUGAGGAAAACAUGGCAGGAGGUAGCUUCCAAUCCCACGUACUCCCACUUCCAGCAUCAAAUUCGUCGGCAGCGAAGCAAAUCAGAGUUGUGGCCGGGCUUGCAGCGUGUGGGAAGGCGCUUGGGAGGCACCUGUUUCGUGACUCCUUCUUAACGCAGAGUCAUGAACUGGAUGAAAAGCUGCACCUCCUCGCGACUACUGACCGCCUACAUCACGCCUACGUACGCGCAGCUCUGGCAAAAGUGCUACCAACGACACAGACGCAAGGUCAGAACCGUGGAUCUGCAUUGGCGAUCAACGAGGUCAUGGCGGCUAUAGGCCGAUGGGCUCCAGAUGAGCGAGCACUGAGAUCUGGAUUAGAGAGCAUCUGUGAUAAGGCACUACAGUGUUGGGCGCUAGCUCGCCAGGUGGAAGACAGGAUCUGGCCAGAGUUCGAGUAUGAGCUACCAGAGGACUGGCAACCGCUACCAUUACCUUGCUGGCCCGCCGCGCCGACGGUCAACACGCCAAACAGAAAGAAAAUGCCAAAAACAGACAACAACAACUCACAGAACGGUGCGCCAAACCACGAGACACGCCAGCUCCUCAAGAGCGAGGUUAAAGUUGUGUGGCCGACAAUUUUCGCUGCUGAGCCACAAGUUCCUGGCAGCUCUGACGCGACGGCUUUAGAUCGGCUGCACUGCGGAUACGUCCUCACACAAGCUCAAAGCCAAGAUGCCGAAGAGGAAAUAUCGCAUAGGGCAGCCAGACGGACUAGGCGGGCCGACUCGGUGCCGCACAAGAAUCGACGAAACUCGGGCGUUUUUUUAUCUGGUGGCGUUUUAAGCGGUUCCAGCGGAAAAUGA